UUAUUCAGUUGUGGCGUCGGUGUCCCCGAAUCAAGACGGUAUCUAAUUCCCCACAUAUCUCAGUUUUUUACCAUUACUGGCUAGAAAAUCAGAAUUCUUUCCUUCAGCCGUAGACCCGACUCAGGUUCUACGUGCAUAAACUUUCCACCAGUUUGGUGCUUUUACCUCAUGGAAUUUAUAUUCGAAAUUUGAGCACACAAGCUGAUAAGGCGAAGGGAAAAUGAUUCCGUUUCUUUUAGCCAUUGGGUGCCUUACAGGGUACCAGAAGAAUUGCCCAAACCCUACCCCGGUUAUGGAUUACCAACUGAAGAGUAUUUGGAGCCCUACAAAUCCCUACGAUGCGAAACAAUAUGAAAAGGGUUAUUGGACCAUGAAUACCACUCAUCGUGUCGAUAUGCGUAAGCUUAUCGGGCAAAAAAUCAGGGUGGCCAUGGUCAAUGAAGCACCGUUCGUGGAAAAAUUAAUUUCUGCACAAAACGGUAGCUUUGAAGGAGUUGGUCGUACGAUUCUUGGCGUUUUGAGGGAAUUCCUUGGCAUAAAUUGGGAACUGGUGUUUCCCGACGACAACGAAGUUGGCUAUGUGGGCGACGAUGGUAAGCCCAGAGGGCUUAUUAAAAUGAUACUGGAAGAUAAAGCAGACAUAGCAUUGACCUACAUGAGUCAGAUUCACACUCGAGUGGAGCAUGUAGAAUUUUCAAAACCUUUCGGUGAAGAACAAUGGCACAUAAUGAUGAGCAGACCACGGGAAACCACGGAUGGAGACGGAUUGGUUGCACCGUUUCAAACCGAGGUUUGGUACUGUCUGAUGGUGUCCUUACUAUUAAUGGGACCUUUGUGCUGGGGGUUGAUCAAAUUUCGAUGCUACAUGUGCAAAGGUCACCCAACACUGGCUGCCCCAUCCACACUGGGCUCGUGCAUCUGGUUUGUCUAUGGAGCAUUAAUGAAGCAGGGAUCUGUUCUCAAACCAAUUGCUGACUCGACAAGGAUACUGUUUGCAACCUGGUGGAUUUUUGUGACCAUCUUGACGGCUUUCUACACUGCAAAUCUGACAGCUUACCUCACUCUGUCAAAGGUCCCAAUUCCCUACGAUAAUUUGGAGAAGAUUGGGUACCGGUCGUAUUGGAUUGCGCGUAAGGGAGACACAAUUGAAUCUGUUGCAAAAGCAGGAACAACAAAUAACAGAACACUGGGAAAGACUGGAUACUGGUGGCCCGAGUUUGAGAAGGUCAGGUUCAAGUACGAGUCUUAUGGAGAAUUUAUGGACGACUACCCAAAAAUGAUUGAAAUGGUUCGCCGAAAGAGGUAUCUGCUGCUGGACGAAAAAAGUCGGAUUGAACGGAUAAUCUACAAGGAUUUCAGGGCACAAUCUGAAAUGAACACCCCGUUGUACAAACGGUGUGCAUUCAUCAUGUCCCGAAAACCGAUAUUACGGGUACCAUACGGAUUCGCAUUCCCUGUCAACUCAACAUACCGACCUAUCUUUGAACCCAUAAUGGAGAAACUGACCAAAGCUGGACUAUUUGACUACUGGAAACGAAAGGACUUGCCUGUGAGAGACCCUUGCUCCGCCGACUCUGACUUCAGGGAGAGACAGCUUCGAAAUGGGGACUUGGCUUCAACCUAUAUUCUCUGCGGGUCUGGAUACCUCCUUGCAUUCGUCUCGUUCAUAUUUGAAGUGCUGUCAAAGUUGAUAUUCAACAGGAAACUGCAAGGACAACUUGUACCGGCUGAGAAGCCGCUUGGAUUUUACAAAGGAAAUCUCUCAGUUUCUGGAGCUUCUACCUUCUUUGACACGGACAAAUUUUUGAAGAACAUAAACGGGCGAGACUACGUGGUCAUGAAAACACCGGAUGGAAGGACACGUCUUGUUCCAAAACAAGACGGUCUUCAGGCACUGCAACCGGUGUACAAUCCCCCACCUCCAAUUUCCUACGGGUACAUGUCUUAAAGGUCCCAACUGGAAAAUAAACCAACGACCCAACGGGAUGAACAUAUUUCUAAUCAGCAUUUUUGCUUUGGCAAUAUUUCGUGCACCUUACAAAAAUUAUAUCCUGUUGAACUAACAAAUUAUAGAGGCCCACGGGUAAGUAUGUACCUGUUAGGGAAAUCAUAUUAUAAACAUCAUCACAAUCAAAUAAAUGAACUGUAUUUGUGUUAAACGUUUAAAUAAAUAAAGUUCACCUCACAUUUAUUUAAUUAAAA